GCUUCUUCGUCUGCCUCAAAUAUUGGAUCCCAUAGACAUGGCUCGUGCAAUGUAUGGGUUCGGAAUUGAUCUUAUUACCAAAGAUUACAAGAUUGUUCGAUUCUCAAGUUCGGUUUUGAAGGAAGAGAAAAACUUCCAGUUCAGGUAUAUAAUCUUAGUACUGAUUCAUGGAAAACAAUAGAUGUUGCUGUCCCAGCUGUUCAAAUCUCUUUUACAAAACGGAGGACUUAUUUGAAUGGAAUAUAUCACUGGCUAGCUUUUGAAAUGGAUGAGACCAUUUUGUGGUUUGAUUUUAGCAAAGAGAGUUUUGGGAAGAUUCGAUGUCCUCCGAUUGGUUCUUGUUAUGUUGAAGCAAGUCUUGCUGUAAUAGAUAAGAGUCUUGCUUUAACUACUAGUUAUAUAAGGCCUGGCCGCAAUUACAUGUUUGAGAUUUGGUUGAUGAAUGAGUAUGGUGCUGAGAGUAGUUGGGCUAAAAAGUUUAAAAUUGGGCCACAGAGUGAACUUGAUUGUUUCAUAGGGUUUUGGGGAGAUGAUGAAAUUGUUGGGGAAAAUGAAGGUCAAUUGGUUUUAUAUAAUCUUCAGACACAGCAGGUUCAAAGGCUUCAAAUCUAUGGAGAUCCAGGAUUGAAUUUUAUGUUUGGCUAUGCGGAAAGUUUGGUUCCUUUGGGGAUCAGACAAGGAAACAAAAAAAGUCUGAUCCAUCAGUGAGAAGAACUAGAGGAGGACCCAAAAGGACAGUACUUAUAAAGCUUAUAUUGCUCAGGCAGUCUUCCUUUACAGAGAGGACAUGUGUUUUGCUGUCUCAACCACUCAAUAAUGCACUCCUCAUGAAAGAAGUGAUCACAUGGUAACACCUUUCCUAUUGCGUCUGGUUGAAAUUCUUGUUUACAGACACAACAUUCAGAUUGCUUUUCCAUCAAAUCUUGAGUAAUCUUGACAUCCGGGAUCUUCUCAAUGGAAGAUUCAGAAGCAGCAUGUUUGGAGGCUCUUUUUGACUCUAACCGCAGGCUAAAGUCAUCUACAGGGCUAAAUUUAAUAUUUGUAGCCGUUAUUUCUGACUUCCGGCAAUGAGGACAGACGUUAGAAGGUGAAGGAGGAAGGUAGAAGAAGUAAUGACAGUGAUCACAGCUGUAUUGGUGAUCUUGAGAAGGAUUAUCAUUAUCAGAAUCAGAAGAAGCCGUGUCAAUGAAGAGAAAAUAAAAACAGAAAGGUUUUGAUAGUGUGAGAGAUAUAUAGAAGUGUGAAACCCAAAGAUUGAAAGGCGAUGAUAUUUAUAUUAUUUGAAUGAUUGUAAAAAAGUCAUUUAUCAUGCCCAAUUCGUGCCUGCUGCAUAAUUAGAAUCGCGUGAAGAGACGAGACAGCUCAAUUAAAAGAUAUAUGGAGCA